AGUGAGAGUACGGUCGAGAAAGAGAGAGGGAGCGAGAGAGAGACAGACACAGAGGGGGUGGUUGGUUCCUGAUACCGAGACACGGAAAAGCAGGGGAGGGAGAGUGAGAGAGAAAGAAGAAGAGAGAAAAAAAGAGACAGGCGGAGAAAGAAGGAGAGAAGAGGGGGAAUUACACGAAGGGACACCAAAAAGGCGCUGGGGGAAGAAGACUCGAGAAUUUUAGAACAUCAUCGCUCUGACUGUCACGCCAAAUUGGAGUCAGGAGCAUCGACAACGCUUUAACCCAGAACCCAUGGGUUAACAGACUCAUUUCAGGAGCAGUGACCCCCCUACCAAGCUAGUCCAAUGAAUAACCGGAAGGAGGACAUGGAGAUCACCUCCCACUACCGGCAGCUGCUGCGUGAGCUGAACGAGCAGCGGCAGCACGGCAUCCUGUGCGACGUGUGCGUGAUCGUGGAGGGCAAGAUCUUCAAGGCCCACAAGAACGUCCUGCUGGGCAGCAGCCGCUACUUCAAGACACUCUACUGCCAGGUGAAGAAGGGCCCGGAGCAGCAGGCCACCAUUACGCAUCUGGACAUCGUGACGGCGCAGGGUUUCAAGACCAUCCUGGACUUCAUGUACUCCGCACACCUGGCCCUCACCAGCAAGAACGUCAUCGAGGUCAUGUCGGCCGCCAGCUACCUGCAGAUGACCGACAUCGUGCAGGCCUGCCACGGCUUCAUCAAGGCCGCGCUGGACAUCAGCAUCCGCUCCGAGCUGGCCGACGAACUGGCCGAGUUCGAGAUGGCCGCCGCCGUCAGCUCCGGGGUAGGGCUGUCCGGUGGCGUCGCGCCCGGCGGCGGCGGCGGUGGUGGCGGAGGUGGCGUGGUGGUGGUGCCCGUCGCAGACAGAGGCGUGGCCUCCGAGGCUCUGGCCUCCAUGAUCUCCGGACGCAGCUCGUCGCCGUGGCUCCCGCGCCGCACCAGCCCCGCCAACUCCUCCGGCGACUCGGCCAUCGCCAGCUGCCACGAGGGAGGCAGCAGCUACGGCGGCAAGGAGGACCAGGAGCCCAAGAGCCACGAGAGCCAGCACGAGGACGCCUGCUCGCAGUCCAUCUGGCCCGCCGACUAUCGCUCCGUCCAGGUCAAGGAGGAGCAGGUCUCCCCCUCCACCAACUCACAGGACGGGCCCGGUGCAGGUGGCGGAGGUGGCGGUGGCAGUGGUGGUGGUGGUGGAGGCAGAGCAGGCACACAGAAUGGCGGCCCCGGGGAGCAGAGCAACGGCGGCGAGGGUGGCUGGCAGCCCUCCGGUUCGGGCCGGCGGAAGAACCGCAAGAACAAGGACACGGUGCGGCACAUCACCCAGCAGGCGGAAGGGGACAGCCAGCCGGCGUCGCCGCUGCCCUCCAUGCUCUCCUCCUCCUCCGCGUCCGGCUGGAACUUCGGCAACCAGGACAUCCCAGGUUCUGACGUGAACGAGGCCAACAGCUCCGACAGUCGCGGCGAGCGGCUGGACUUCUUCGUGAAGCAGGAGGACGGCCUGGGCCACCAGGGCGACGGGCCUUUCAUGGGCCCCUCGCCAGGCUCCGAGCGCGGGGACGACGGGCCCGGGGCCAAUGGCGUAGGUGAUGGUGGUGGUGCCGGCAUUGGUGCAGUCGGCAGGAGCAACGGCGGGGGCAACGGCAGUUCCGUGGCCAACCUGCGCGCGGCGCUGAUGAGCAAGAACAGCCUGCUGUCGCUGCGCUCGGAGAUCCUGGGCGACGACAGCCCACUGCUGUUCGAGUACAAGGGAGGGAGCCACUCGCUGUCCCUGAACGACUUCACGGUGAUCCGUAAGAAGUUCAAGUGUCCGUACUGCAGCUUCUCGGCCAUGCACCAGUGCAUCCUGAAGAGGCACAUGCGCUCCCACACGGGCGAGAGGCCCUACCCCUGCGAGAUCUGCGGCAAGAAGUUCACCCGCCGCGAGCACAUGAAGCGCCACACCCUGGUGCACAGUAAGGAUAAGAAGUACGUGUGCAAGGUGUGCAGCCGCGUCUUCAUGUCGGCGGCGAGCGUGGGCAUCAAGCACGGCUCGCGGCGGCACGGCGUGUGUGCCGACUGCUCGGGCCGCGGCAUGGGCGCGCUGCUGGACCCCGGCAUGGACGCGGACGCCGACGGUGAGCCGGAUGCGGACGCAGACGCAGACGCCUCACCCGACCACGAGAUGUACGCGGCAGACGCGGAGGCCGACGGGGAUGCGGACGAGGAGAUGCUAUUGGCCGAGGCAGAGGAGGAGGCAGCCAAUGGAGGAGGAGGAGGAGGAGGUUUGAGGAGUGGAGGAAGAGGAGGACGAGGAGGACGAGGAGGAGGGAAAUGGAGAGAGCACUCAGGAACGGAGGAUGGCACUGAUGGGAACGACAAGGAGGAGAGCGACUCGGCACAGGAGGGUGAGCCGCGACCGGGCCGCGGCAAGGACUUUGGAUGGAUCUCUUAGUUGCCCACAGGGGGGCGCUAGCGGUCACGUUAUUUAUUUCCCCGACGGUUGGUUGGGGGCGGUGUGCGUGUUCAGCUGCCGUCAAAAAGCAGAAAGACACCACCAACCACCACUAACGCGCAUGAUCUGACGUGACAACCUUGUUCUUACGUACACACCUGUUCCUUCCUUAAGAGGUCGGUGUCUGUUGAUGGCGAGGGAGGCAGUUUGAGAUCUCACAAGUAACACACUCACACAGACACACCAUACUCACAGACAGACAGACAGACAGACAGACAAGUCAGACAGACACACACUCACACAAUGUGUGUUGAGUUGCAGUGGGGAGUGGACAGCACAGCUCGUUUCGUUGGGAGAGACGGCACUCAUGGAUCCCCUGCACCUAUUGAGUCUACUGAGAGCCAGUCGAGGGUUUGACUUAUGAGCUUUUUACGUUUCUCUGCAUUUCUGUGUCGUUGAUUUUGUUUCUUUCUUCUCAAUUUUAUUUUUUGUAUAUUUUCUUCAAUCAGAAAGAUUCCGAGCUCCUGAUUGGCUAUAUGCGACUUCCCUGACAACCUGUUGCCAUGGGGAAUUUAUUUUGACAGGUUUGACAGGAAGUUACAAAAGGGCAAAGUUAUCUGCUUGUUGUUUUUUUCACCAUGCAGGUGUUGCAGUCUGCUUUGGGGAUGGGGUUGGAGAGGGGUCUGGGGAAGGACUUAGCUUAUCUAUUGCAAAGCCACUGAUGUGGGGAUGCCAUGGGCCAGUGGCAAAGUGCACACUGUCUUUCUCAUGCACACACACACACACAGAUAGACACACACACACAGACACACACACACAUAUAAAAAACGCUUUUUCCUUUCUGCAGAGACACAUCGCUGCCGCAGACUUGCACUUUAAAAACAAAAAAAGACGUAUCAUCGAUUCCCAACACCCUUUACCCUCCUCUCCUCUCCUCUCCUCCGUUGUUACCUCUACUUGCGCCAUCCAUCCAUCCGUCCAUCCAUCAAGUCUCUUCUUUCACUUCCUGAGUUUGGUGGCUUACAUAAAAAGAGGACUAUGCUGAAGGAAAAGAAAUAAAUAGAACGAUGACUGCACCUACCUUUAAGGAUGUUCGGCCACCUCCUGACAGACUGUUAAGUUGCAGGAGUAACGCUCAUGCUUUUCCUUUUUGUCUUGUACAGUAACAGGCGUCCACCCUGCUUGGUUUGAUGGCCAUGUCUUGACAGUGCUGUUCGUUUGGCCAUAUGAUGUACAGUGCACAUAGCAGACACACAUGAACAACCCCCCCUGGUGGUGAUGGAGGAGGAAACAGGGGUGGGUGGUGGUCUUGGGCUGAGAACACUAUGCAGUAUGCAAGGACACAUCUUUUCCAGUUUUCCACAGAGAGAGAGAGAGAGAGAAAUAAUCGAGAGAUUGAGAGCGAGAGAGAGAGAGAGAGAAAGAGAGAGAGAGAGAAUGAAUACCUAUAUUGUGUGUGAGCAUGUGGCGGGUGUGUGUGUGUGUGUGUAGUCAGUAAGUAAAUAAGUCUUUCAAACAUUGAUGUUAAGAGUUUUAGACUCUUCUAAUAUGCCUAAGCAAGCCAUGUUCUUUCCUUACCUAGACCCUCCCCAUCCCCAUCCCCAUGCCCCUGUCCUUGCCCAAAAUAAGUGCAGUAGAGGUCUCCUUCACCCUCAGCCGUCUAUCUUUCACACACACACGCACGCGCGCACACACACACACUCACACACACACACACGCACGCACACGCACACGCACACUGACACGCACAAAACAAUCUCCAUCUAUUCCACACACUUCCUUUGACAGCAUUUCUCCCGUCCAGGACAGUAGACUCUUGCAAGCUGUGUCCUGUGCACCAACCGUCCUCCAUUUUGACGUUUCUUAUUUAAAAAAACGAAAAAAACAAAAACGAAACAAAGAAACGGGGAGACACAAACAUAUGCAUCCCCUAAUCUUAUUUAAUGGACAUUGCCACGUGGCCCCCGUCCCAAUGCUUAUGUUUCUUUUUUUCUGGUUUUCUAACGACUCUUUUUGGUUUAUAAAAAGAAACAGAAAAAUGUUGUAUAAAAAAUAAUAAAACACAUCCCUAUGUGUUCCCCUGGGACUUCUCAGCGGGAGACAACCUGUCUUAGUGGGGGGAUGUUUUCAUUUUUUUCCCGAAUUGUUUUAUUUUGUCAAAAGCUUAUUUAUUUUAAAAGAAGAUGUCUUUAUUGUGGAAUUUACUGUUUCUAUUUAGACAUUCCCCCCUUUACCUACUACUAUGCGUCCAGCUGGCACAAAGAAUGUGUGUGAACUGUGUGUGUGUGUGUGUGUGUGUGUGCGUGUGUGGGUGCGUGAGAUGGUUGGACGCAGGAGCAUGCAUGCUUAUGCUUCCCCCUUUUCCUUUUUUGAAAUUGUUUCAAUGUUUGUGCCAACAUAUUUGACAAUGGGAAUGAAAUGAAUUCAUGUCUUACUACGAUUAACGAACGUUUAUUAUCUUAUUAUCUUAUUAUCAAUGUUAAUGUUAUUAUGAUUAUUAUUAUUACUAUUAUUUCUAAGUGCUGGAUGCUACGCUUCAUUCUUGUGUGUUUAAUUUAAAUAUCUUUCGUCUUGUAUAAGGGGAAAAAAAGACUUUCCUAUUUUUGCCUUGUUGUGAACAGUAAGCCAUGUGGCUUCUCGGAAACAUUUCUUCUCUCGUGCCAGUUUCUCUUUUUCGCUUUUUUGGGGGGCGUCGAUUUUAUGAACUGGAUUUUUUUUUUACAGAGAAAGAGUACCAACGUCUGUCCAGCUGACUCGUGUUGGCUGUUGGGAAGGUUUAUAAAUAGCACAUGCUUCUAUAUUUACUAACAUACACUAAGUAAUGAAUAUUAUACCAAAAAAUAAUCAAGUAUACGUUGUAUACAUGAAGUGCUUUCGUUUCAGUAGUUUGGUGUGCAGGUGCAACGCUUUGAAUUCAUCGUGAUUUCUUUUUGAAUUGUUUGAAUUUGUUUUUUGGGUUUUUUUGGGGGGGGAAUUUGACUUUUUCGUUCUUAUGAUUUUUUGGGAAUGCGCAUAUUUGAUGUUCUGAUCUUCUGAGAGACCUCCCUGAGGAUGCAUCAGGCGGAGCAGAAGGCUGCCGCUUUUAACUCUUGUUGCCCUUGGAGAUGGGUUUCCAUGGUGUGCUCUACUGUAAAUCCAGACCGUCAUGCUUUCCAGUGAGGAGAACCAGGUGUGUGUGUGUGUGUGUGUGUGUGUGUGUGUGUGUGUGUGUGUGUGUGUGUGUGUGUGUGUGUGUGUGUGUGUGUGUGUGUGUGUGUGUGUGUGUGUGUGUGUGUGCGUGUGCGUGCGUGUGCUGGUGUGCAGUGAUGUGACACAGGCCCAUGGGGUAAUUUAGUCCAGCAGCCUAGCCUGGGUGAGGUCCCUCACCUGCACUAACAGGUGCACAGCGUUCGCACGUGUCUGCCCCCCACUGGACAAUUCCAUACACACACAUGCAUGCACAACAUCUCCCGUAAGCCGUCCAAUGCAUCUUCCAUUUAUGAAUUAUAAAUUAAGUCAGUCUUUUAGAAUUAAUAAGGGAAAUCAUAGAACGUGGUCAAAACAAUCUAGAGAAAUCAUUUGGUACAUUGGGAGAGAGUGAACAGCUGAUUUGUACAAAGUUACAGUAGGUUUUUUAUACGAGGACCAAUUGGGUUUUUAGAGGCUUCAGACUGUUUUGGGAUAAAAAAAAUAAAUAAUGACAGUAUUGGCUUCUCUUGUGGUGCUUUAGCGAUCCAUCUGUACAUACAUUCCUACAUCUCCCAUCCAUGACCAGGAGUAAUGAAGCGGGUUCAAACAAGUUACAAAAAAAAUAAAAAUAAAAAAAAUACAUAAAAAGAAAUCAGGAAAACCCCUGCCGUUUAAUCCACUGCCCUCCUAUGUGCCUCAAUGUAGUUGACCUUAAUGUUUAUGUGUGUGUGCGUGUGUGUGCGCGUGUGCGCGUGUGUGCGUGCGUGCGUGCGUGUGUGUGUGCGUGUGUGUGCGUGUGCGUGUGCGUGCCUGCAUGCGUGUUAUGUCUGCUGAGGUAUGUGUGCUGAAUACUCUGAAGAGAUGUAUGAAUCAUGUCCUGACUGAAAAGGCCGUUUUUUUAUUUGUUGUAUAGUGUUGCUAUCUAUGAAAUCACGAGGGAUAGGCCUGUUGUUUUAACAAUGAACUAAUCGCUUGUAUUUGAAGCAGUUGGAUGUAAAUGGUCGUUUGUAUGUUAUUUCUGUCUUUUUUUAAUGACUAUUGUUAUUGUUUUUAUGUUAUUAUUAUGGUUAUUAUUAGUGUCAAACCUGCUCUCCCCCUUCUCACCAUUGCACGCCUGAGUCCUGUCCCGUCUGCCGUUACCAAAGCUGUGUAAAAAGCCGUCCGCUUGUUAGAGGCCCAUCCUACACAGUACAUUUUGCAGUGUUUAUUCAACACUUAAAGAGUUCGUUUCAGUCCAAAUAAGGUCAGAUCAACCCUCUAAGUGUUAAAUAAGCACUGCAGAAUUUGCUGUGUAAACUGAACUGCAAAAAAAAAAACUGGAACCACAUGAGAAGGAACCAUUACAGUGAUUAGAGCUAUUAUUCUGACAGCACCACAGUGGCUGACUGAGGAGUCAGAACGGUGCGAAGUUAUUAGUGCAACUGCUCUGCAACUGAAGCCAUAGUACAGUACAAGGCCAUGCUACGGUAGGAAGGAUUACAAAUAAAAAGAUAAAUCGUAAAAACGGUAUUCACAUUCUUGCAUAUAGCUUUUUGGGUUGGUUCUUUGCAAUGAGUGCAGUGUGUAUACCUCCAUAUAUAGAAAUCUAUAUACAAAUCCAUUAUGGUAUAUUAGAAUAAUAUAUUAUUUAUUAUUUUUCCAACAGGUUUUGAGUUUGUAUUUUCUGUCUAAGAAGGAUUGGACUUGAAACAGUUUUUUUCUGUUGUUGGGAAGACCAUUUGAAAAUGAGAUUUUUGUUGUUUUUAUUCAUUGCUCUAAAACCUGUGUUUGUAAUGAAGUGUUGAAUAUCAAACAAUCAAUGAGGACGAAUAUCCCUCACAGUUUCUUUCCUUUCCUUUUCUUUUGUUUUCAUGAUCUUUGUGGGAGACGAAAAGUGCUUCAUGCUGAAGUCCUGUGUGUGAUUGUUUUGAGAACUCACAAAGUGGUCAGAAGAGGCCUAGAGAUGAGAGGGCCUAGUAUGCGCUUUUUUGAGCCUUUUUGACUACAUGUUUUGUGGAAAUAGCUUGAUUAUUAUACGCAAAAACCAAUCAGUUUCAAUAAAUUUGGGAAGUGCUGCUGAUAAAGUACUCAAAAUGGUGACGGCUGUUUGUUUGUUCUUUUCGUAUUAUUGAAAGUAUAAAGCAUGGUACAGACAUCUCUACGUCAUCAAAAUCCUUACCAUUAGCUCUGGACAC